ACACGGGACACGGGACACCGGGGCUCAAGCGCCUUCCCGUAUUUUGGAGGAUCCCGAGCCGUGCCAGCCCCUGGAAAAUCAAGGUUUUCGGGAGAAGCGACGUUUCUGCGGCGUCUCCUCCUCCCCCGGAGCCGCCCGUGACUCAUCUUCCUCCGGCCGGGGAAGGAGCCGCGGCCGCGGCGGGACACGAAAAUCCCGGGAAACUGAGGUUAAAGCCAGGCGAGAGCGGGAAAAAUCCGGGGAAACCAAGGGGAGAAAAAUUCCAGGGAGGUGAUGGGGAAAGCAAGCCAUGGAUCUGGGCGCUUCCAGCACCUCUGUGGCCGAUCCCGCCGGGGACUGCGAGCGGAACGUGCCCCGGAUCUGCGGGGUCUGCGGGGACAGAGCCACCGGCUUCCACUUCAACGCCAUGACCUGCGAGGGCUGCAAGGGCUUCUUCAGGAGGAGCAUGAAGAGGAAGGCCAUGUUCACCUGUCCCUUCAGCGGCGAGUGCCACAUCACCAAGGACAACCGGCGGCACUGCCAGGCCUGCCGGCUCAAGCGCUGCCUGGACAUCGGCAUGAUGAAGGAGUUCAUCCUCACGGACGAGGAGGUGCAGAGGAAGCGGGAGAUGAUCCUGAAGAGGAAGGAGGAGGAAGCCCUGAGGGAAAGCCUCAAACCCAAACUCUCAGAGGAGCAGCAGAAAGUCAUCGACAUCCUGCUCGAGGCCCAUCGCAAAACCUACGACCCCACCUACUCUGACUUCACCAAAUUUCGGCCCCCCGUGAGGAGCCACCCCAGCAGCAGAGGGGCCACAAAAUCCUCGUCCCUCCUCACCCAGGACCUGUCCUCAGAGGAUUCCUCGGAUCUCUUCAGCUCCGAGGCCUUCAGCACAUUCCCAGACUCGGCAGAGCCGCCGCCGUUCCCUGGCCUGGCGCUGCAGGAGGAGCAGGACGAGAGCUCCUCGGUGAACCUGGAGUUCUCGCAGCUCUCCAUGCUCCCACACCUGGCUGACCUGGUCAGCUACAGCAUCCAGAAGGUGAUCGGCUUCGCCAAGAUGAUCCCGGGAUUCAGGGAUCUGUCUGUCGAGGACCAGAUCGUGCUGCUCAAGUGCAGCGCCAUGGAGGUGAUCAUGCUGCGCUCCAACGAGUCCUUCACCCUCGAGGACAUGUCCUGGACCUGCGGCAGCAGCGACUUCAAGUACAGGGUCAGCGACGUCACCCAGGCCGGGCACAGCAUGGACCUGCUGGAGCCGCUGGUGAAGUUCCAGGUGGGGCUGAAGAAGCUGAACCUGCACGAGGAGGAGCAUGUGCUGCUCAUGGCCAUCUGCAUCCUGUCCCCAGACCGGCCGGGCGUGCGGGAGCCGGCGCGGGUGGAGGCGCUGCAGGAGCGGCUCUCGGAGGCGCUGCAGAGCUACAUCCGCGCCCGGCACGCCGCGCCCGGCGGCCGCCUGCUCUACGCCAAGAUGAUCCAGAAGCUGGCGGACCUGCGCAGCCUGAACGAGGAGCACUCGCGGCAGUACCGCUGCCUGUCCUUCCAGCCCGAGCACAGCAUGCAGCUCACGCCGCUGCUGCUCGAGGUGUUCGGCAACGAGAUCUCCUGAGCGGCCGCACCGGGGAGCCGGCCCGGGAGCCUGCGAGGAGGGAGAGGCAGCGCUGCUGUGCCGGGAGGAGCAGGGCUGAGCCCGGCAGGGGCUGCGCUUUGGCUUCCCCGCAUCCCUCCGCGGAUGGUUUGGGGCCGGGCUGCCUCGAAUCCCUUCUUUUUCCGAAUGUGUGGAAGGGGAAGAGCCAGAUGAACUCAGGGUGCCGCUGUGGGUGCCGUGCUCUGCUCCCCCCGAACUCCCAGAGCACCCGUGGGCUCGGACACCCCAAAUCCCGGCCCAUAGGUGCCACGGCGCUGUCCCCACCGCUCCAGCACAUCCCGUGUGCUGCUGCCGCCGGGCUGGGAUGAGCCAGAGGCAGCCGAGAACGCCUCGAGAGGGGAAAUGUUGUCCUCGACCGUCAAAGGGAAGAGCGGGACGAGCUUUGUUUGCACUCCUGGGAAUGGGGGAGCAGGGGCGUCUCCAGGAGACACCCCCACUUUGAAGCUGGACCCCUUUGUGGGAUGGGGUGAUCACUCCUGAGAUGGGACAGGGACCCCUGGGAUGAGGCAGGGACCCCCAGUUCCAGCUCGGCUUCCUCCCCCUGCCAUGUCCUGGGGGCGGCUCCAGGCCCUUGUUCCCACCUGGAGCAAGCCCUAGGAAGGGGCCUUUGGGAGCUGGGGGGCUCCAGAGCCCUGGGAAGAGCCAUCACAGCCCCCCGGGCCCUGAGCAAUGGCUAGAGGGUCCCCAGUGGCCGGAGGGCCCCCAGCUCGGGCCAAUAAACUCCUGCUUGGGCAAAUCAACUCA